UUGGUUGGGGAACAAAGAUCCCGCAUGCUGCGUGGCAUGGCCAAAAAAAAAAAAGAAAAUUAGCCUUUUCUCACCCUAAACCAGAACUGGCCCCAAGCAAGUAGUUUAUUGUAGCCGGGCUGAUAGACGUGAGGCCCGUGCUGUCCAUGGUAACAUGUUUUGCGUAGCUCAAAACCUUCCAUUUUUUAAAAAAACACUCAAUGAGGGGUAUUAGACCUGUUUGGCAGAUGAGGAAGCUGCCUAGGGUCACGGCUAGGAAGACCUCCGGCGUUCACGCUGCCCAGAGUCUCGUCAGGCCCCGAGGGCCGGGACGCCUGAGGCUGGCGGCGCCUCCAGGACUCCCGCCGCGUCCGGGAUCCGCCUCGCCGUCCCUUAGCACUGGAAGCUCCGUCCCCCGGGGGACCCGGCGACCCGCCACUUUCGCGAUGCCCAAUGAGACUUAGCCAGGGGCGGGAUGGACGCCACCGAAGGCCAAUCUAACUGGGCCGGGGCGGGGCUGAGGCGGUGGGAGCUGAACUGCGGACCGCGGUCUUCCCUGUCUGGAGAGGGCCCGGCGCGGGCGGCGCGCUCGGGGCCCUGCUGUGCGCGCGCCCGCCACCCGCGCAGCCCCUCUGUCCGCUCCGCGCGUCCCUUCCCUGCUCUACCGUAACCGCAGGGAUAGGGGCUCGGGAGCCGGGCCGGGGCCGGGGCGGGAGCCGCGGGACGAGCGCCUGAGGUGCUGUGGAGACACCAUGGAGCUGUGCAGCAAGAAGAAGCUUCACGCCCUGUCCCUGGCCGAGAAGAUCCAGGUGCUGGAACUCCUGGAUGAGUCCAAGAUGUCCCAGUCGGAGGUGGCCCGGCGCUUCCAGGUCUCCCAGCCCCAGAUCUCCCGCAUCUGCAAGAAUAAGGAGAAGCUGCUGGCGGACUGGUGCAGUGGCACGGCCAACCGGGAGCGCAAGCGCAAGCGGGAGUCCAAGUACAGCGGGAUCGAUGAGGCUCUGCUCUGCUGGUACCACAUUGCCCAGGCCAAGGCCUGGGAGGUGACGGGGCCCAUGCUGCUCCACAAAGCCAAGGAGCUGGCCGACAUCAUGGGCCAGGACUUUGUGCCCAGCAUUGGCUGGCUGGUCCGCUGGAAACGCCGAAACAACGUGGGCUUCGGGGCCCGCCAUGUAGUGGUGUCUCCGUUCACCCCUGAGCUGCCUCCCCCAGCUCCCACGCCCCAGGCCCAGCUGCCUCUUUCUCUUAAAGAUUUCUCCCCAGAGGACAUUUUUGGGUGUGCUGAAGUGCCCUUGCUGUAUCGGGCAGUGCCCGGCAGAGUGGGUGUGUGUGAUCGGGUACAGGUGCUGUUGUGUGCCAACAGCAGGGGCACAGAGAAACGGCGGGUGUUGGUCAGUGGGCUCCAGGCUGCCCCAAGAUGCUUCUUUGGGGUCAGCAGUGAGGCCCUGCCCGCCUCCUACCACCCUGACCUGGCCAUCCCCUGGUCAGAAUGGUUGGCACAGUUUGAUCGGGACAUGGGGCGGCAGGGCCGACAGGUAGCCUUGCUGCUGGCUGCCCGAGUGGUGGAGGAGUUGGCAGGCCUGCCCGGGCUCGGCCACGUGAAGCUCUUGCCUCUGUCCGCUGCUAGCACCACGCCUUCCCUGCCCAGCUCCGUGGUCCAGGCCUUUAAGGCCCAUUACCGGCACCGUCUGUUGGGCAAGCUGGCUGCCGUCCAGAGCGAGAGGUCUGGUACAUCGCUAGCGGAGGCCGGGGCAGGCAUCACAGUGCUGGAUGCUCUACACAUGGCAGCGGCGGCCUGGGCCAAGGUGCCUCUCCAGCUCAUCGUGAGCAGCUUUGUUCAGGAAGGGCUGGCUCCAGGCAAAACGGCCCUGGCCCCGCACAAAGCCUCGGAGAUGCCACCCGUCCCCGGUGGGCUGAGCCUCGAGGAGUUUUCCCGCUUUGUGGACCUGGAGGGUGAGGAGCCUGUGUCUGGAGUGUGCAAAGAGGAGGUGGGCACCGAAGACCAGGGUGGGGGUGGAGAGGACGUCUUGGAGCCCCUGCCCACCAAAGCCGACGCCCUCCGGGCUCUGGGCACGUUGAGGAGGUGGAUUGAGUGCAAGGGCAGCGGCCCUGAGCUGUUUGCAAAUUUCUACGCCUGUGAGGAGGAGGUGGAGCGACUCUGCUGCCUGUGAAGGGCCCUUCCAGCCGGAGCCCCUCCUCUCCUGUUUCCCAUGGAAACGCCCUCGCUCAGAAGGCAGAUUGGGGGCUGGUCUCUUUCCCGUGGAAAUGGAGCUUUUGUGAAAAGCGUUGAAGGGAGACAAGUUGGGAGACUAAGUCUAAGCUCUGAGCGAAAGUUCUCCAAGCCCUGAGAAGAGGGUCUAAAGAUGGGGUGUCAGGGAGUGAAGCUAGGCUGCAUGGUUUCUGAACCGCUGUGGAGUCAGGGACCUGGGAAGGUGGAAUUCGGGCUUUACAGACAGGCCGAUCCCUUGAAUUCUGUGUUAAAAACAGUUCUGCUUCUGGAAAUAAAGUUUUUAAUCAGAAAAGAGGCCAGGGU